CUUUUCUUUCUUUUCCAAAUCACUACCGUGUAUUUUUUUAUUUUUUUUUUUGAAAAAGUUUUCAUCUUUGCCCUUUUCCGACAUGUCGCUUGUAACAGAUAACAACCACUCUGAGGAAGUAAAAAUCAUGCGCAAGCUUCAUGGCAACCUUGUGCUUGAAGAGUCUGGAUUCUUUUCAAAAAUCACUCAAAAGGAUUCACAAUUGAACAAGAACGCCGCUGAAUCAUACUACAGCAAUUGGAAGGAUGCCGGUCGCUUAGAAGACAAUGAAAAGGAUGUUGAACAAAGACGAUAUGAAGCACAAAAUAUGACCAACUCUUUCUACGAUUUGGUAACUGAUUUUUACGAAUAUGGUUGGGGGCAAUCAUUCCAUUUUGCAAAACUGUAUAAAGGAGACUCUUUCAGAGAGAACAUCAAUAGACAUGAAGCAUAUUUGGCCUUGAAGCUUGGACUCAAGAAAGGCAUGCGUGUUCUUGAUACUGGCUGUGGUGUUGGCGGUCCUUUGAGAGAAGUGGUUAAGGCUUCCAAUGGAGCUCACGUCACGGGUCUAAACAAUAACGCAUACCAAAUUCAGAGAUGCGAAGCCUACUCAAAGAAGUAUGGAUUAUCCGAAUAUACUAGUUUCGUUAAAGGCGAUUUCACCAAAAUGCCUAUUGCUGAUCAAACAUUCGACGCCGUUUUCUCUGUUGAGGCUACAGUUCAUGCACCACGCUUAGAACAGGUCUAUGGUGAGAUUUUCCGCGUUUUAAAACCAGGGGGAAGAUUUGCCUGUUAUGAAUGGUGCACAACAGAUAUGUACGAUGAAUCUGAUAUGUCGAUGAAGAAAGUGGUACACGCCAUUGAAAAAGGCAAUUCUAUCUCCAAAUUGUACACUAUUUCAGAAUGUUUACAAGCCUUGAAGUCAGUGGGAUUCAACGUCAUAGAAUCAGAAGAUAUGGGUGUCGUUGAUGAUGCUACAAACCCAUGGUAUAAUUCCUUAAAAGCACCAGAUAAAGGGUUACGUGGAUUCUUGAGAUCACCCUCAGGUCGUGCAUAUACUAAUACACUCUUAACAUUCCUUGACAAAUUCAAACUGGUGCCACCUGGUGUAUUGGCCACUUCACAAUUGCUUAAUGGUGCUGCCGACAACUUGGUUGCAGGCGGUGAAAUGGGAAUUUUCACUCCUAUGUUCUUCUUCCUCGUAGAAAAGCCUAUGGACGCCUAAACUGCUUCUACUUGAAAUUAACCGACAUUUAACCGAGUACAUCUGUUCAUGAAACAAUUCGAUAUUAUAAUAAGAUAUAUAAACUCUUCAUAAAAAAAAUAAAUAAAAAGACCGCUUGUACGCAGCAUUUCAGAGUCGUUUUUUGCGUA